AUGGUUUCUCUCUCCAGUGUUUCCGCCUCCAAUUCUCUCAUCCCCAAGGUGAUUCCGGCCGGCCUCGUUGCGGUUUUCUUCGGAGGGACGAGCGGCAUUGGAGAAAUAACCGUCAAAACUUUGGCAAAGUAUGCGCGUAGCCCGCGUAUUUACAUUGUUGGUCGCUCUCAAGAUGCCGCAGAUCGCAUCUUGACAGAGUGCAAAGCAAUAAAUCCAGAUGGCGAGUUCAUCUUUAUGAAAGCCGAUGUGAGCCUGAUACGAAACGUCGAUGAGCUCUCAAACGAGAUCAAGGCCAAGGAGAAGUUCCUGAACUUGUUGUUCCUGACCGCAGGCGUUGCGAACAUUGAUCGAGCUCAGACUAGUGAACAUCUCCACCUCUUGGCAGCAUUGAACUACUACUGCCGGGUGCGCUUCAUUCAAAAUCUCCUGCCACUCGUCCAGCAGGCGCCGGGGCUUCGCCGUGUGGUGGCGGUGGGAGGCGGUGGGCAUGAGGGCAAUCUGGACCCAAACGACUUUCAGGCGCUGCGUGUGCCAGUUCCUGAUCUCCGCGAAUAUCUCACAACUCUAGUCACUCUCGGGCUGGAAAACGUGGCGAGAGGUGCUCCAGAGGUCAGCAUUGUGCACAACUACCCCGGCACUGUGAAGACCCCGCUCCUGGACUCUAUGCCGGAUGAGGUUUUGCGCACUCUCACCUUUUUACCUCUGGAAGAGUGUGGCGAGAGACAGGUGUUCAUGGCAACCAGUGCCAAGUACCCGCCUGUGAGCGGUCAGAACGCGGGGAUAACAAUGGUAGAUGGGAUCAACGUGGCUAUAAGUACGACAGGAGAAGAGGGCAGAGGGGUGUAUUCUGUGGGUGUGGAUUGUGAAAGUGCCUCUCCUGCAGUACGCGAGAAGUUGGCUGGGCUGAGAGAUCGAGGUAUGUUGGACGAGGUUUGGCGCCAUACUCAAGGAGAAUUCGAACGGAUUAUGGAAGACGGCAGCCGGGCUUAG